AUGGCGGAACGGGUGGGGGUGGCCCUGGGUGGUGGUGCUGGCGCUUCGAAAGCCGCAGGCUCCCGAGGAGCUCGAGGACACCGGCUGAUGGUCCCACCUCCAGGAUACAAGUUCAUACCCCGCACCGAGCAAGUCUGUCAAGAGAUGGGCUGCUUUGAGUGCUAUGAUAUCUACUGCGAGCGCUGUGAGUCCAAGGAUCGGCGAAUCAUCGAGUUGGAGAUGCGAAACACCGAACUGGUGAAGCACAUCACGUUGCUGCAGGCCCGCCUGUUCCCACGGGAUGGUCAGGGUCCCGGAGCAAGGCCUAAUGCUGGCGGUGGAGGUGGUGCAGGCAGUGAACCAUUUGCCUACGUGCAAAGCCCCGUAAUGUACGACCCAGGCAUGGGCAUCCAGUAUCAAGCCACCACGACUUUCAGUGCAGCCGGACCUUCUGGCGGAAAGCCAUGA